AAGGGGCAGCCCCAUCGUGUUCUGCUCCCGGGGGCGAUGCGGGACUCACAGACACUGAUCGGCACGCCUAAAAUCAAGUGAAAAGUGCCUGGGUGGAGCUCACAGAAAUUAGACUUGAGCUUGCUGUGUGUUAUUUCAAUACAUUGCGUGGUACUUUCAGUUUCCAUAUUACUGCAUCGCAGACUUACAGGAAGAGAGAGAGAGAGAGAGAAAAUGGCUGCUAUGAAUGAAGGGCUCCCUGAAAACAGCUUCUAAAUCGGGAUGCAAAAUGGUGAGAAGCAGAGUGGGAAUGAGCCCUGGCUGCUCACUGCUUUUGACGGCUCUGUGGACUCUCUAUGGAGUCGCUGGAGCACGGCCAUCCAUCACAGCUCAGGAUGGCGAGGACGUCACCCUAGACUGCACCUUCGACCACAUACCGGAGGUAAAACUCCAUCGACUGAACAUCACCUGGAAGAUGCAAAGAGCCGAGGGAGCAGAUCUCCUGGUUCACAGCUACUAUGGGAAGAUGAACCUGUGGCAGGGACAGGACAAAGCUUACUGGGGCCGGACGCAGCUGUACCCAGAGGGAAUCCAGAAAGGAAACGCGUCCCUGCGACUCAGGGCUGUGCGCAUCCAGGACGAGGGCUCCUACUUCUGCUACGUCACCUCUGAGCUGGGAGCCUGGUCCCGGGAGAUUUCACUGGCAGUGCUAAGGAAGCGUGAAAUGAAUUUCCCUGUCGUGGCUCAGCUGGGGCAGGACGUCACCCUGAGCUGCUCCUUUGAAGUUGGAUUAAACCCCCAGUUGUUGAACAUCACCUGGAAGAAGGAAGAAGCCGAGGGGCCGGAUCUCCUGGUUCACAGCUAUUAUAACGGGAUGGACACGUUGCAGAGACAAGACGUCGCUUACAAGGACAGAACGCAGCUCCACCCAGAGAGAUUCCCUGAGGGAAAUGCGUCCCUGACGUUAAGGAGAGUUUGCAGGCAGGAUGAGGGAUUCUACAUCUGCCAUGUCAAGCCAGAACUGGGAGGGUUUUCUGUGCGGAUGCAAGUUACAGUCGAAGGCUUUGAGAGUGACCAGCCAUCACUAGUUCCAUACAUUGCCUUGUUUUUAGCUUUGUUAAUACCAAUACUGCUUAUUAUCGUUAAGAAGCGCCAUCCUCUCCUGCUGUAUAAAUUAAGGUUUUGGUCCCAACAGAAACAGCAGGAGGGCAGAGACCAGCCUGAGUCAAACUUGUUGACAGCCAGUGAGUCAGAAAAGCCAAACACACUCCUGCCACCACCUGCUUACUCCUUACAGGCAACAGACUUGAACUCACAGCCCUGUGGAGAGGUUACCACCAGAUGCCCUGGAGGCUCUCGAGUAAUGGAACAUGGUGACACACAGUCUUCCAGCCCCUUGGACCGGCAGCCAAAGGAGCAUGAACAACAGGGAAGAGCUGCUACAGAUGUGGUUUGGGAAGAUUUCGACAUGCUCUCUGAAGGAGAAAUUGCAGAACUGAAAGCUGCUGUUGCAACAAAUAACCCGUCAGGCCUGGCUUCCGCGCUGCAAGAGGUCAGUGAGGCCGUCAAGAAUGCAAACCUCGAAGUUGCUGUAGUCGGAGAGACGGGAUCUGGAAAGUCAUCUUUUGUCAAUGCCACCCGGGGUCUGAAAGAAUACGAUACAGGUGCUGCUGAGACUGGGGUGAUAGGAGGAAUCAUGGUGGAGCCCAAGGCUUAUUCACAUCCCGAACACCCCAACGUAACGCUAUGGGACCUGCCAGGGAUCGGGACAAGGAAUUGUCCCUCAGACACUUUCCUUAAGCAGCGUCACUUCAGACAGUACGACUUGCUCCUUGUCAUCUCCUGUGAGCGCUUCACAGAUACCGACGCCAGACUUGUGGAGGAGAUUCGAACACUGGGCAAGAGGUUUUACUUUGUCCGUUCCAAAGUGGACUUGGACGUGUUGUCUGCACGGAGAAGAAACGGCCCUGAGGCGAGCGCCCUGCAGACAAUCAGAGAGGACUGUCUAUCGCACCUGGAAGGAGAGAAAGAUGUUUUCCUUAUAUCCAGCUGGGACCCUGACAAGUUUGAUUUCCCCCGCCUGCAGCAAGCGUUAGCCAAGGAAUUCCGCCAUCACAGGGCCUGGGCUUUGCAGCGGGCUCUCUCAAAGAGUUCUUUACCCAUUUUGCAAAAGAUAAAAGUGACAUUGGUCGAGCAUGAGUCCAUUGACCCAGUAGCGGUUGGGAAAAAAUCUCCCACUAUGAGCGAAGAAGAAUUCAAAGCUGCUGUCCAAGAAGGAAACCUUAAAAAAGCAGCUUCGAUAGCGCAGCAGAUGAUCAAGUCACCCAGAUUAUUCGAAAUUGCUGUCAUCGGGGAGUCGGGCUCUGGAAAGUCAUCGUUUGUCAAUGCCUUCCUGGGCUUAGCUGAUGGUGAUAUAGGAGCCGCUGAGGUCGGGGUGGUGGAAACGACCGUGUGGUCAACCAUGUAUUCACAUCCUGAAUACCCUAAUGUUUUCUUAUGGGACCUCCCAGGAAUUGGAACGCCAAAUUUUCAGUCAAUUGAACACAAGAUGACUGAUAAAUACUUGUCAGGAUAUGAUUUUUUCCUUAUUGUCACUGCUACAUGCUUCAGAGAUAUUCAUGCCAACGUUGCACAGAAGAUCCAGGAGAACAUGAAGAAGUUUUAUUUUGUGCGCUCCAAAGUGGACCAAGACUUGGGGGCUGAAAAGAGAAAAAUAAACUAUAGUGAGGUGAGAACUCUGCAACAGAUCAGAGAGGACUGCAAAGCCCAUCUGCAAAGAGCAGGGGUGAAUGACGCUCAGGUUUUUCUCCUCUCCAACUGGGAAUCUGACAAGCACGAUUUUCCCCUCCUGAAGGAAACUCUGGAUAAAGAACUCUGCCAUGCUAUGUUGCAAAAGCUGCUCGAUACCUCAUGCUCGACCCUGCAAGAGAAGAAAACAGCCAUGCAGAAGACCACAUGUAAUCCAGCUACCUUGUCGGGCGGUCCUGGUGCUAUUCCUCUUCCGGGUCUUUCUCUUGUUGCUGACAUGUCUAUCUUGGUGGGUUGCAUGAGAGAUUACUGCAAGAAUUUUGGCCUGAAUUCUGACUCCCUCACUGCACUCGCUGAACAGGUUGGGAAGCGGGAGAAAGAUCUGAAGGCCGUGAUAAGUUCUCCACUGGUCACAGAAAUAAUUACUGACCUUGUACUGAAGCUGCUGGAAAAGUCUGCAGGUGAGGGAGUGAUGUAUCUGACUUACUUUGCCUGGAGUAUGCCAGUGGUCGGGUCACUGUUUUCUGCACAGGUUUCUUUUGGCACAACAAAGUUUAUGCUGGAUAACUUUAUAAGCGACCUUGCUGAAGAUACCCAAAGAGUCCUGGCAAAGGCUUUGGAGGGAGAAGAGAAAAAGUCAAAACAACAUCACCAAGAAAUCAAGUUGCCUGUAAUGCAUGAAAAAAACCCAACCAAUCCAAUCUCAGCUGGAGGCAGGUGUGACACUGGCCGACCAGGUGCCAGCUCAUGCCAAGACUCUAGGCCUCAGCCCUGACAAAUUCAGAGCUGGAAACCAGUCUGUGUGUGAGGAUUGUUAAUAUAGAUGUUAAGCUUACAAAAAUGUGUUCAGACUUUAGGAAAUGCUUGUGAGUUGCGGCCUGCCUUAAUUUCACUUUUAAUGUCUCAAUCCCCUGUGUUAGGUGAGAAAAGCUAAACAAGAGGCAGUUAUGCCGACCGAACCCAAGUCAGGCCAAGAGAGGCUGCUGGGAAAGUCUCUGAAAGUAGAAUGAAGGAAUAUUUGUUUAAGUUACAGAGAGUGAGAAAAAAAGGGAGGCCUGCAUUCCUGCAGUUUUGUACCAGGUGUGCUGGGAACAGUCCUUGAGAUACAGAGGCGCUGUUUUCCACUCCCUGUUCUUGUGUUAUGUCUGUUUUAACUCCUCGUCUCCUGGUUGACACCCAUUCCGAUAAGAAAGUUAGUGAAGCACUGUGAUUUGCUAAAAGUUAUCUACAAUAAGGGGGGUAGAUGUGCAUGCAUACAGAGAAAGAGGAUUUUAACUAAUAUGGUGGGGGGGGGGGGGGGGCUGCUUUAUGAAUAAAUCUGUGACGCGACGGGACUGUCUAUAAAAACCUAUGAGUUUUACUUAGAGGCUGGCUGGUUCUCUUUGGAGACGGGCAGCUCUCUAUUGUUGCGUGCACUCUUCAAUAAAGAGCUUUGAGAUCGGA